UUUCGAUCUAAUGGAUCCGAGGGAACGCGCUUGUUUCGUACUGGUAACCUCGCUUGAGAGAAGACUGGACUCCAAGCUACUCUUUCGAUCUUCCGAAGAGAGAUAUUGAUUGAAUAAUGGAUACUGGCAGAGAUAAGACUUCAGUAAAAGGUUCCCAGACAAAUAUUGGGGAAUCCACCCAACCUCUUCUUGAAACAAUGGGCUCAGGGGAUGGAACGAAAGGAGCAGAACGCGAAAAGAUUGAAAUCGAAUCGUCGAUUCAGAAAGGAUCAAGCGUCAAGGAUGUUACCGAACAGGAAACAUUAAAUGGAGAGCGACGCAGACUGCGUUCAUUGUCUUGCAUUGACAGCUUUACAAUCAACAUGAAUUUGCUAGACCGAGAUUCUGUUCACAUCAAUGACCACAUUAAUGUGAUCUUUGAAGAAGUCCUUGCAGAGCCUCGCUCCAAUCAAAGUUUUGACCAAACAUGGAGGUUCGCCUAUUUGCUUUUUGCUGGGACGAAGUUCUGGGUUUAUAGAGUACUUGCUGCUGUGUUUGCUCUGCCGUGCGGUCUUCUGUGGGGCCUGAUUUUUUCACUGCUGAGCAUUGCAAGUGUGUGGUUCAUCACACCCACCAUGAAACUUGUGGAUGUUCUUCUGCACAUCAUCAGACGGGUUUGGGGUGGCGUUAUUCAUGCAGUCCUGGAUCCUGUAUUUCAGUCAGUCGGAUUGUUGUUCAGCGGACGUAAAGAAAAGCCAGACGCUCAAGAUUCUGCAUAAUUAUAUAUUUUUUUUCCAGGUACUCGACUCAUGUCAGCUAUAUAUUCAUUAACAGCAGCAUUAUCACGGUUCAGUAUGUAGUUUGAUUUAAUUUCAUUGUUGCAGAACAUUCUUUUGUGUAUCAAAGUUACGUUUUGAAAAGAUGAUAUUCAGAUAUAAUAUGGCGAGACUGAUUCCGCAUUGAACUGAAAUAAUAAUUAAAAAAAUGUGAUAUUCAAUCAGUGCAUUUGAAAAAUAACUUUGUGUUUUUAAUGAGGUAGAUAACAUAUUUUUGACUUUUCUAACGUUAAGAUGCUUAUUUACUGAAGUCAACAAACUUCAGACUGAUUACAAUUAGUAAAAGUACGUCCAGUUUAAUACUUUCAUAUUCUAAAGCAUGAAUUAAAAACAUAUAUUUUCAUUUCAUAUAAUUCACACAGCUAUUUCAUUUGUCUUAAUGCAGCGCUGAUUUCAGUUAAAUGCUGGCAAGCAUUUCCUUUUAAAUACAGUUUUUUUUUUUCCCAUGGAUGAUGUACAAACUGUCUAUAAAGUUUAAAUAUUUAAUAUAAUAUUUUCAGCAAUAAUAUAUAUUACAUUUUUAAAUGUAUUGUUUGAAAUAAUUUAUAACAGCUAUGCAUAUUGUAGAAUUUGUACAUUUACUUUCCAGUAUCAAACAUAUUAUCUUGUAAACGAAUUUUUUAAAAUAAUUUAUAAAAUGUUUUAAUAAUGCCAUCGAAAAUUUCUUGUGAAAUAUACAUUUGUGUGCAUGGCACUUACUAUUCCUGUAGCCUUCAUUUAAUGCUUAGAAAUGUGAUCAUUUCGUGCUACUCAUGCUUUUGUAAGCAAUCGUUGAGCCCGACGGCUUAAAUAUUUUUAUCAUAAUUUUCCACCCUCUGAACUUAAAUAAUGCAAAUCAUUUCAUCAUUUCAGCUCUCCUUUUUUACAUAUUUACCUGCGUUGUCGCAUAUUUCUCAUGCUUUCAUGCUGAAGUGAAUGGUUCGUAUGUUUAACAAAAUUGCUGGAAAAUAUAUUCAUUUUUGCUCUCUGAAUUUUCUCCUCUUUAAUGGAAAUUUUCUGUUCUUAAAAUGAGUUAUUUUAAGAACUGUUUAUGCAACAAGGUAGAAUUCAUGAGCGUUGGCAAGCGAUGGUAUAUCACGUACUUAUCCUAUGAAGUUGGAUCGUUGACUUCCAGAAAAAAUCAUGUUAAAAAUUGUUUAACGUUAAUAGAAUGUAUUUUGUCAUGAAUUUAAUUUUUCUUACGUAUGAAAUAUGAAUUUUCUGUAAUAACUUUUGUCACGUCAUGAUGCAGAGAGUUAACUGGAGAUUGAUCUGGUGUGUUUUGCUAUAAAUUUCUUGCCGACAUCUAUGAUACUUUAUAAGUUAUAUGUUAUACCUGGUUUUUAUCGUUAAGAUCUCGAACUCCCGAUUUAAAACCUUAUUUUAGCUCUACAUAUGAAUCUGAUUUUAUUUGUAUUUCUGAUAUUUCUUUUACAAACUUCAGAAAAAUAAUCUCAGUAUUACAGGCAGCAAAAUAUUUGUAAAUGACGCAUGUGUUUCUUCAUGUAUUAAGAUAUCUUGAUUUCUUGUAUGCAACUAGCGAUGCUUAUUUUCAAGAAUUUUAUGUCAUUCAGUUUGUUUCUAUAAUUUCGUUCUUUUAAACAUUACCACCGAAAAUACAUGUAGGUGAGACGUAUAGUAAUCAAGGAGUCUAAAAUUGUCCCUAUGUCUCCUUGCUCAGAUCUUUUCUAUAUAAAAUUACUAGUAUAUGAAAUCUAGAAUACAUAUGGAGUCAGUUUAUUAUAUUUGGCACUCAAACAAAUUAUUUCAUGCAGUAUCUAUUUCACGAUAUGAUAUCCUCAAAUUCCUCAACUGAAUUGCUGCAAAGACCUCUAAAAUAUUUACUUACACUGCAUAUAAUUCAUUUUUAAACGCAUAGUUCUAGAACCUAUCAUACCACAUUAUGAGUACUGAUUUACAUUCUAAAUAUGUAAAGAUGAGAAUUUCUUUGUGAGUCGUUGGUAUUCUUUAAAUUUAUUUUUUACUUACAGAGGAUAAAAGUAAGAAUUGCUAAGUAGAGAUUGAAAGCUUGAUAAUUGUAUCUUUCAUGAUUUUAUAGUCAAUUCGAAAAAUUUUGAUAAAAGCUCUUGAAUUUUUAUACGUUUAAUGUUUUACACAUAAUACGUGUUUUCGACUAAUUAUUCUCGUGUUUCGAUUGUGAUAACCUGCAAUAAAUGAGUUGUUUUCCUAUUCAUCUAUUAAUCGAAAAGAUAUUCAUUAUAACAGACUUAAAAAUGAAGCGUUCUUGUGGAAGAGUAUGUUUCUUAUCUUUCUUGUCACAUAAAAUGUUUCUUCGGCGUACGCCUAUUUGCAAUCAGAUUUGCAUAUUUGAAAUACUUUCAUAGUUUUGGCAUGAAAGGCAUACUUUAAGCUAUUAAUAUAGAGAUUUAGCCAUUAUAAUAUUCUUCACCCACUGAUCGCACAAAAUGCUUUGAAGGUUUUUUUUUCAACUGUUUUUUUUUUUCUCUUUUUUUUCAUGUAAGUAAAUCAUGUCUUCAACCUCUUUUUGUUAAUUUUUUUACUAUUAUUUAGUACAAUUUAUUGAAGUUAUACGAAGUUCAUACAAAAGAAGGACCAUCAAUAAAUAUGCUUCAUCAUAAAAUGAACAUCAUCAUGAUGUCUUGCGUCAUAAACAUCUCAUUGUCUACUUUUUUAAUGAAUAUUUAUUUACCCCUUUUUGAAAUGUGUAUAUUAAGAGUAAAAACUAACUUUGAAUAAAAUAAAAUUUAGCUAAAAUUCUACUCUGAGCAAGAAAAGCGGUAUUUUGUAUCACUUUUUUAAUUUAUAAAUGAAAAGAGUUUUUGAAAAAUAUACACCGUGAUUUUAGUGUUUUAAAAAAUUUCAUCAUUAAUUUAUCGAGUUGUAUUUUUGCCAUAUAUCAUUCUUGUUGACAGUUUAUCUUUUAUACUCACUGCAGUUACUCAGAGACUGCGGAGAGGUUCAAGAUUUAUUAUUGUAAAACUUGUUGAUAACAGCUCAUUCCAUGUGAAAGAGUUUUGCUCAGUAUUUGAAGUGUUUAAUGAAAAGCCAUUUAAAUGCAUCUCAAGUUUCAAAUAUAAUUAUAAAUGUUAUCUGUUUUAUGAGUAAGGUAAAUAUUUAAUACUUACGAACAUUUUCAUACUGGACUCUUUACAUUUUAUUCUCGUCUCAGUGCUGUGAUUCUCAUUCAACAACAACACCAAAAAUUAACACCUUUUUCUUGCAUUUUAAAAGAAAGAACUGCUCGCUUGGACAGUGAAUAUAAGAUCUGUUAAUUGCUUGAAUAUAGAUAAGAGUUAGUUAGGUAAGGAUUUAUCGUUCAAGCAAUGAUUAUAAAAUUUGUAGCCAUUAAGGUAUACAGUUAGUACAAAAGAAAGAAACAGUUGUUAACAAUGAUAUUGCACAAGUAAACUUUGUUUAAUUUUUUUUUUUUUUUUUUUUUUUUUUUUUUUUUUGUUUUUACGUAGAUAAAAAUUGUGAUGAUCAAACUUUUUCAACUUUAUUUGGAUAAAACAUUUAAUUAAUUAUUAAAAAAUUUAAAUUACUGUUACAUUUUAUGUCACAUAUCCUGCAAAUAGCUCUGACACCUUUGAGAUGUAUAUUUAUUUCUAGAUACGAAUAUUUUUGCACUAUCUUUGCAUCUACUUCUGUCACAACACAUUUGUUUCCGGAUGCUGAACUUUCUUGCAUCCAAACGUCUGUUAGUUGACUCAAAUCAAUAUUUUAGCAAAAUUUUCUUACGAUAAAAAGAUUUUCUUUAAAGGUUAAGAGUUCUAUGUUUAAAUUUUUUAAUCUAAAAUAAAGGUCCUGUUCCUAAAUUUUCAGAAGAUAGGUUCUAAUAAUUAAUGAUAAAACACUAUCGAUGACGUUAGUGGGGUUACUGGUGUAUAUACGAAUUUUACAAACUGCAAUUGAAAAUAAGUACUUAACAAGAAUAAAGUUUGUAAAAACACAAAUCAAGAAAUCAAAUUUUAAUUAAAUUAAAAUACAAUUAAUUUUUUACUUAUUUUGCUUUGAAUUAGUUAUCCCAUUUCGGUCAAGUGCUUUUCAGCUUUCUUGAUUGAAAAAUCCCUGUUCAUUCUUCAACUUUAUUGUUUUUUAUAAUUUACCUCUGUUACUAGUUUUUUAUCUGGAUUUUCUAAUGAUGCAUUAAUCUUACCUCUUUAGAUUGACUUCUUAAAGCUAUGAAAUUCCCCAUCAUAAGAAAUUCUUCAAAUAUCUCACCAGUAUGAAAGAUUUUACAAGUCCCUUCCAUUCAUAAUAAAGAAAUGUUAGGGGAUGAAAUUUAAUUUUCAGUGAAUUAGAACAAUCUGAGUAUCAUUAGAUAAUAUAUUAGGCUAACAUCUAAUUUGAUAUUGAUAGAUAGAUAAUAAAAAUUGCGUAAUGUAAUGUAAUGAUAAUCCAUUUACAGACAUAGUUUUCGUAACACUAUCCAUUGUACUUAGAUAUAUCAAGAAUAAUUUUAAUGAGUUUUCAGAACUCCCUUUUACUGAUCCACUACAGAGGAUGAAAGAGAUAAUCAAUAUAUUUUAUAUGUAACAGUUCUCUACCAUUAGGCGUAUAAUAUGCACUUCUCUGGCCAUCCAAAAAUGUAUUGUUUUUGAAGUCUCUACAUUGCGCUUAUCAUCUUACUUAACGGAAUAAUGGCAUUAUUCUAUUAUAAAUUAGUUGUCCGAAAUAUAUCUAACAUGUAGCAUUUAUUUUGAGAAUACAUUACAAAUUAAUGUACCUAUAUCAUACAGAUAACUGCUUAAUUUUCUGUCGUACUACUAAAUUUUCAGUUUCAUAUUGCAAACCUAACAGUUGAGACAUAUUUUGUUAUAAAGUGAAUAAAUUUUUGCUUGGAAAUUUCACAGAAGUGCGCCACACAUGUAAUGAAAUAUUUUUGUAAUAAAGCAAUAAUUUCUGAUUCACUUUUGACAUAAAUGAUAUGAAAUCAGAGCUAUUUGUAGAAAAAAUGCAAAUUCUUCCGUCAGAUUUCUUCUGUUUAAUAAAUUAAAAUUUGUGAUUAAAUUUCUGUUAAGUGUUUUUCAAACCUGCAGGCUCUACAAACUCUUUAUUUAUUAAUUUAUUUGAAAUACAUAUUUUUAAUUAGUAUGCAUUUUAGAAUAAUAUGCAUAUUUAAUUAAUUAGGUAAUUACUAGAAUUUUAUAGUCUUUGGUAGUGUAUUCUAAACACUGAAAUCUUUCGUUGUAUAUGAUAAUUCAAAAAGUAAAUCUAGAUUAAAUUAAUUCUAAACUGUUAAAGCCUAGCUAAGGUAAUUGGUUUACAAUAAUCAUAAGAAGAAAGAACUAUUUUUUCUACGUUGGUGAUUAACAGAAAAUUAUAACUGAGCGCUGUAUUUCAGAAGCUUUCGAAAUCGAUAAAAUAUAUAUAUAUAUAUAUAUAUAUGCUGUAAAAUUUUACAAAUUUUCUUUAUGCUUCGUAAACUGUUUGGAAAAGAAUUAUAUAUAUAGUUUUGAAAUUGUACAUUAAAAUUAGAACUUUUGAAUCUUAUUAUAUUCUUGAUAGCAUUUAUACUACAUAUAUUAGAUGACAUAAAUAUAAAUGAAAAAUUUUAAUGAAAUACUUCAUAAAUUUUAAUCUAUACUGUUAGUUACACAUACAGCGAUAUAUUCAUCAGCCUUUUAAACUGUUUUCAAUUGUGUGAGAUGCAGAUAUAUCAUUGAUAAAAUAUUUGUAAUUUUAUUGUCUCUAUGUAUGUAGUUCUUUGACAUAUAAUGCGAAAAUGUCCAUUUAAUUUAGUAUUUACAACUGUUGAGGUAAAAAAGGAGCUAAAAUAAUACUGUAUAAAGUCUUUUAUCGGAAUUUUUCUUAUUCAUUUUCUCUGUCCUUUGUGCCAUUAACCAGUAUUCAUAGAAUAUGUGUGCAUUUCUAUAAUGUUAUUUAUUACUAUCGAUAAAAAACUGUUGUUUUUCAUAGAUGAUGUUUGUAAUAGUGAUGUCUCUCAGUAGUGCCAAGUUUUGCAUUAAACUGUGCGCAAUUUAUUCUUUUUUCAAACAUUUCUCUGCACAUCCUCAUAUUGUGAUUGACCAAAUAAAUGUUGUAACAGUUUUUGGGUUCUUUUAGACUGUAUGCUUCAUACAUGUUACAGUGCUUAAUUUUGUGAUUCCUAUAGACCCUUAUAUGCAACAAUAAAACAUUAUAACAUUGGUUUCGCAUCAUAA